AUGAACAUACCUGCUCUUAUCAACUCUAUCGGAUGGAGAGAUGUCCUACUCAAUCAGCACUUUGGUAAAUGCCCUGAACCAGUUCGCAUGUUCUAUGCGAACAUGAAGCCCUGUUUCAAUACCAUCCCACCGUCCUUCACCACAAUUGUGUUCAAUUACUUGAUCACAAUCAAUGUGGAACUGCUGUCCCUGUUGCUGGGGAUUCCCAUCCACGGUGCUGAAGUCAUGGAUGCUUCUGACUUCCAAUCUGUCAGGUUCAAUGAGAUCGAAGCUCUUCGUCUCUACACUCGAGACACUGGGCGCUACUAUCCAAACAUGCUGGCUUCAGGACGGCUUCCGGACGAUCUCAAGGUCCUCCACUAUUACAUCACUCGAGUCUUUCUCCCCCGCUCCUAUGGCCAUUCCACGAUUCACCCCACUGACAUGUGGAUUUUGGCCAGUGCCAAAGAAAAUCGUCUCAUCAGUUAUCCUCACUUAAUGUUUGGUCACAUGAUCACUUACUCUGAGGAUAAUCUCAAUGGAGCCCUUCCCUUUGCACCUCAAAUCACCCUGUUGCUUCGUGCACUUGGAGUUUAUUUGCGGUACAAAGUCUCCCGAGUGGACCUGAUUGAUCGACUUCAGGCUCAGUUCAUUCUUCGGAAGGUUGAUGCCUCCGUUGGUCGUCGCGGUCCUCUGGUCAAUGCUCCAGGGGGAGAUCAGGUUGUCAAUGAAGUUCCUGACCCGGAAGACGGUCUCAGCAUUGCUGAUCUGGUUGCUGAUCUCACUCAAAAAAAGAAAGACGACGGACCAAGCUCAAGCGGAAUUCAAAAGGGGCUGACUGAUGAUGAAGCUCUUGAGAUCAGCAGUGAUGAUGAGGACAUCUCUGAUUACAUCCCAUCUCCACCUCAUCCGUUUUAA